GAUUAUACGUUAUACACGCUGAUAUUAAACUAAGCAAUUACAUGCAGUUUUAGUCUGAAUGCGUAACACCUUUCGAAAGCUGCAUUAAACAUCCUAUUACUAAUGAUUAACCGGGAUGUGGUUAAAGUCACGACCCUCACUUGUUGAAAAACAAGCGCCAGACGAUUAAUACUGGACGAAGCAUGCAUAUUGAAUCCGGUUGACAAUGUUCUCCCUGUGCCAUCGGGAUGAAGUUGAUACGCUGCUUAUAAUUUUUUUUCUGGGCACAAAAUAACGUUUCAUUAUCUAUGGCAGAAGGUUAUAUUAUGGUGCUUUAAACCCGGCAAAAACAUCUUGGAGAUAAAUACUGUUUCAUAAAGUCUCAAGAGAUGCCGUCUAAGCAGAGACUGUUUUGUAGAGACUGUUAACUUUUGUAGGUUCCUGCUGAAAACCCCCUAAAUUUCCCUUGGUGGACCAAAGUGUUUUUUUCUGAGUUAGAUGUGAUGUCAUCCAACUUAGUAAUUUCGCUUUCGAUAUUAAAAUUCAUACAACAUGUGCGUUUACUUUAUGUGGCGAAUUAUACUGGAAACAACUAUUUAAGAAUUAGUGCUAUAUCAUCUGUCACUUAAGGAAGUGGGUGUGUCUUAUAUAAGUUGACGUUAUAGACAACAUACAACAUCUUUCAUUUAUUCCUGCAAAGCUUUGGCCUUGGGCGGUUUCUCUUAGUCCCAGUGAUCUUUUGCCCUUCGAUCGCUGUAGAUUUUUGACCCUGCUUAAACUCGGUAACAAAUGUGUCUUUGAGUAAAUGACGUUAAACCUGACCACUUACGUUAAUGAUUGUACAGUUAAUUGUUAAACAUUUAUUGAAGGAGCCUCGUAGAUUCAGGAUAUUGUAGUAAUUUGUAUAUGGCCUGUAGAGUAGCUGAAAAAAAAAAAACAUUUCAUAAUGUAAAAGCGUAUUUUAAAAGCAUGUUUUAUACAAUUUCUCAGUUUAAACAAAAUUCUACAUACCUGAAGGACAUAACAAGAACGACGAGGCUGUGAGAUAAACCUGCCAACUGACUAACUGUGACAUGGAGAAAAAUAGCGCCAAUGAUGCUCAGGCGGAGCUGGAGUCCGUGGAGUCGGAGCUGGUGGUGGUGGAGCAGCAGAUAGCGGAGCUGCUGGAGCGGCAGUCAGAUCUGAACUCCAGGAAGAGUCAGCUGCUCAAGCGGCUGAAGCAGGCCUCUAACUCCGCCCAGCCCUCGGGCUCCGCCCACUCACAAGGGUCUGGCAGAACCAAGCAGGAUCUGAAGCGCUAUGAGGGCACAGAUUUCACAUGGUCCAAGGAAGUGCGGCUCCAGCUCUCGGGGACAUUUCACCUUACCAAGUUCCGGCCGCUGCAGCUGAAGGCCAUCAACCUCACUAUGUCCGGGAAAGACGUCUUCCUGGUGAUGCCCACGGGUGGAGGAAAGAGCUUGUGUUACCAGCUGCCGGCUGUCUGCUCUGGAGGUUUCACUCUGGUGAUUGCCCCCUUGGUCUCUCUGAUGGAGGAUCAGCUCAUGUACCUGAAGUCCAUCAAUGUGCCAGCAGUCACCCUCAAUGCCUCCACCAGUAAGGAUGAUGCCAAGUCGGUGCUGGCCGGCUUGACGGAUAAGGAAACGCCGUUCAAGCUGCUGUAUGUGACUCCAGAGAAGAUAGCCAAGAGCAAGAUGCUGAUGUCCAAACUGGAGAAGGCCCACCAUGCGGGCAAGCUGGAUCGCAUCGCUGUGGAUGAGGUCCACUGCUGCAGCCAGUGGGGCCAUGAUUUCAGGCCCGACUACAAGCUCUUGGGAAUCCUGAAGCGCCAGUUUCCCCAGGUGCCGCUGAUCGGACUGACGGCCACUGCCACCAGCAACCUGCUGCAGGACUGCCAGAAGAUCCUGAACGUGCCAGAGCCCGUCACCCUCACCGCGUCCUUCAACAGGACCAACCUCUACUACGAGGUUCGGACUAAACCAGCAGGUCAGGAAGAUUCCACUAAUGACAUAGUGGCCCUGAUCAGAGACAGAUACACGAACCAGUCAGGAAUCAUUUACGUAUUCUCCCAGAAAGAUGCAGAAGUGGUUUCAGCAGAUCUACAGAAGAAGGGCAUUGCCGCCCAGCCAUAUCACGCCAACAUGGCGCCAGAGGACAAAUCCAGGGUGCACCAGCAUUGGAUGGCCAACAAGAUCCAGGUGGUGGUGGCGACCGUGGCGUUUGGGAUGGGCAUAGACAAGGCUGACGUCAGGUUCGUCAUUCACCAUUCCAUCAGCAAGUCCAUGGAGAACUACUACCAGGAGAGCGGCCGGGCAGGACGGGACGGGAAGCCCGCGGACUGCAUCCUGUACUCCGGUUUUGCGGAUGUCUUUAGGAGUAGCACUAUGGUUGUCAUGGAGAACGUUGGCCAGCAGAAGCUCAUGCAGAUGGUGGCGUAUUGCCAGAACUGGGAUAGAUGCCGCCGUAAGGUGAUGGCUGCUCAUUUUGAUGAGGUCUGGGACGACAAGGGCUGCAAUGGAAUGUGCGAUAUUUGUCGCCAUGGAAAUGAUUGCAUCACAUCAGACAUCACGCAACACGCCCGAGAGGUGGUGCGGAUUGUGGAGCUUUCUACUGCCGCAGAUGAGAAGAUGACGCCCCUGAAGGUGAUAGAUGCCUGGAUGGGGAAGGGUCCCAGCAAGCAGCGUAAGAUGAUCCAGAUGACCAUGCUGUCCCGCCCAGUGGUGGAAUCCAUCCUCAUCCAUCUGCUGCUGCAGGGAUACUUCAGUGAGGACUUCAGCUUCACCCCCUACACCACUUACUUCUACCUGAAGCUGGGUAGCAAGGCUCCGCUGCUGAAGAACGAUAAGCACACUGUCAAAAUGAAAAUGAGGACGACUCCAGCCGGGGACGAGCAAGAGGCUGGGUCCCCGUCCGGAUUGCAGACUCCUCCGUCUCCGUCUAGUGGAGACUGCCUUUCACAUGGAAACGACAAAUUCACCAAGAAAUCCAAAAACCAGCAGAAUCAGGCCGUAAAACUCAGCGAUGAGCAAGAAGGUACAGCUGGCAGGAGCCCUGCCCUGCAGACUGAAUUUCACUCCGCUGCUGUAAAGGAGGAUGUCAACAAGAAAGCCACAAUGGAAAUUGAUGUAGUAGUACCUUUCAAAAGCAACGGAAAACGUAAGUCGACAACAGCUAAAAAGAAGCAAAGACACCCAUCAACUGAAGCAACGGAUAGUUUAGGCAGCCCUCCCGUCCACCGGGGGUCAGUAAUAGUCAGUGCUCCUUCAGAGGGAUCCAUCAUUUCUGCUGCUGCUGUGGAGGAGCUUUGUCAUCUGCGCAGCUACUAUGGCAGGCAGCUGCAGCGAAUUGACUACGUAUCCCAUGAGCACUUAAACGACAGUGACUCUGCCAUAGCAACCUGUACCAAGGGAGCCCUGAGGAGCCUGCGGCUGCCCUGGGGCUCAUCCUUUGCAAAGUCCGUACGGAGCCUGUGGACACGAGUCAGCACACGCAGAAGACAUCUCAUUAGACGGGGACUUUGACACAAUCUUUAUCCCUAUUUAUUUGCCUUUUUUCUUGCACUGCUCCAGAAUAAUAAUAGUAAUACACUGUCCAUUGUUCCUGAUGCACAACUGAGUCUGAAAUCCUCUUGAUUUUCUGUUAAACCCAAUCCUAAAUUGCUAAUUUGUGAAUAAAAUUUGUUUUUCCCAUGUA